GUCCCCCGGUGGCAUUUUGUAUCCCGACUUCUCUUCCUAUGCCUGGCCGGAGUCCGAGUGCCCCUCAGAAGCCGUGGGGUCCCACGUCUGGGCCCGGGCCGCGGCAAGGAUUUCGAGCCGGGCCUCAGGGUGGCAGGAGAAGUCCGAGCAGCUCUUCUGGAGAGGUGCGGCAACGUCCUCCUACCGGAAACAGGUGGUACCAGACAUUGCUGCUUUGCCAUUUGCCAACGUCUCGGUAAUGACCUGGGUGGUGGGAAGCGCAGGGCAAAGGCAAGUAGUGAGUUCAGGAGACAACAGCUGCGUGCCCAUUGAUGAGUGGUGCCAACACAAGUACUUAGCCAACUUGCCCGGACACACCAUGGCUUUGGCCCUGAAGUAUCGGCUUCUCUGUGGUUCGGUGGUCGUCAGCAGCCCUUUGAUGUACCAUGAAUGGUACUACAGUCAGCUGAAGGACCAAGAGCACUUCGUUUCGGUGGAUUUCACCUGGUCCUCUGCAGCAGAUGUCUUGGCAGCACUUCGGGGCAACCCAGGGUUGGCGGAAGGCAUCGGAGCAAGAGCGCGGGAGUGGGCAGAAAGUCACUUGACGGAGGAUGGCUUUGACUGCUACUGGCUGCAGCUGAUUCGCCUGGCACAGCAACAUUUUCCAGCACCCCAGCUGAGCUCGGCGUCGCUGCCCAUCGAGGCAGUUGCACUGGGCCACGGUCACCAUGCCUUGGAGGGUCCCUUGGAGGUGCCUCAGCGGCAACGGAUGGAUGUGAUCACAGUGAUUCCUGCGCGCGCGAAGGAUGUGGAGCUGAUGGACUAUGCCAGAAGCACGUGGUUAG